AAAUAAAUAAAUAAAACAGAGAGAGAUUCAUUCUUCUUUUGAUUAAUAGAGGUGUGAAUCAAAUUAAAAAUAAAAAAAAAUGGCAGAUUAUCAAAUGAAUCCUCCUGUUCUUCAAAAACCACCAGGUUACAGAGAUCCAAACAUGCCUCCUCCUAAUCCUCAUCCUCCUCCUCCUCCUCCCCUCGCAUCCAGACCCCAACCCCAACCCCCAUCCAUGAGAAAAACCGCCGCCGGUAUGCCUCCUUCCUUCCGACCAAAGCGAAAACGCACAAACUUCUUCAAAUCAUGCUGCUGCUGCCUCUGCAUCACCCUCGUCCUCCUCGUCUUCCUCUUCCUCGUCGCAACCGCCGUCUUCUACCUCUGGUUCGACCCCAAACUCCCAACCUUCAGCCUCUCCUCCUUCCGUCUCGACGGCUUCAAACUCUCCGACGAUCCCGACGGCGCUUCCCUCUCCGCCACCUCCGUGGCCCGCGUCGAGAUGAGGAACCCCAACACCAAGCUCGUUUUCUACUACGGUGACACCAACGUUGACAUGAGCAUCGGGAGCGGGAACGACGAGACGCAGAUGGGAGACACGACGAUAAACGGGUUCAGACAGGGUCCGAAGAACUCGACGAGCGUGAAAGUGGAGACGUCGGUGAAGAGCCUGCUCGUGGAUAGAGGGUUGGCGAAGAGACUCGCGUCCAAGUUUCAGACAAAAGAUUUGGUGAUUAAUGUUGUUGCGAAGACGAAAGUUGGAUUAGGUGUCGGGGGGAUUAAGAUUGGGAUGUUAGCUGUUAAUUUGAGAUGUGGUGGUGUUAGUUUGAACAAGCUUGAUACUGAUUCGCCUAAAUGCAUCCUUAAUACUCUCAAGUGGGUGAAUCUACAGUAAGGAAGAAAGGAAGACGACUACCGGGGUGAUUUGAAAAAUGGCGGCAACCUAACAUUCGUGUAACUAUAUAAUACUGUAGAUAAGUAUAUAUACACUUUUUCUUUUCUUUUUUCUAAUUUUUGUGUGUUUGUAUAUUUAAUUAUUACUAGUACAUGUUACUGAAACAAAUACUAUUAUUUUUGGGGCAUCUGACUACAUUGGGGGUGGAACAUGUUGAGAGUGUUGUGUUGUUAUUUUGUGACAGGCUUUUUUUUAGUGUAAUAUAUUGUGUGGGGUGUGAUUUGGGAGGAAAGCAUUAUGUAAUGUUUUGAGUAUAUUUCGACAUUCUUUGUGUAUAUUUGGGAUUUUUGUAACAGUAAUGGGCUCGUAGAUUAUAUGAGCUGA